AUGUUUGACCUUUUUCCUAUGCUCUUAUCUUCUGUCGCUUCGUUUCUGUUUCCCAUAUUCGCAUCUUAUAAAGCACUCAAGACAAGUGAUCCUACCCAGUUGACGCCAUGGUUGAUGUACUGGGUAGUCCUCAGCUGUUGUCUCCUUGUUGAGUCUUGGGUCUGGUUCAUUAUUUCAUGGAUCCCCUUUUAUGGAUACUUUCGCCUCAUGUUCCUCCUCUACCUCAUCCUCCCCCAGACACAAGGCGCCGCAUUCCUGUAUGAUGAAUACGUCCAUCCUUACCUUGAAAAGAACGAGACGCAGAUUGACGACUUCAUCGCGAGCGCACAUGAGCGCUUGACUGCUGCCGGAAUAUCUUACCUCAAGCUCGCCAUCGAGCAGUUCCGAGUCAAGGUCCUCGGCCUCCCGCCCUCCGAACCCGAGACGCCCCCUCCCGAGACGAACCAGGGUUACACGCAGUCGCUUCUCUCGCGCUUCAACGUCCCAGCCGCGCGGUGGGGCAACAAUAACAACAAUGGCAGCACAGGUACCGACUUUUACAGUCUGCUUUCCAGCGCUGUAGCAGCUGCUACCAACGCGGGUGCUGCUCAAUCAGCCGGCACCAGAACAGUGGGUGGAGAGCCCACCAACCCUGGUGCGUUGAUCCCCCCGCAUCUGCGCGAGUCGGGUGCGAGAAUGGACUUUAUUUCCACCCAGCGCGACCGUCUAAAUGUUCUUCUUUCGGCACUCGAUCGCGAGGCACAAGACCUUCGCUCCGACGCCCAGCGCGCUCAAGCAAACAUGGGCCCUCAACGCGAUCCCAUGGCGUAUGGAGGCUACGACAAUACCAGAAACGAUGACGAAGAACCUACCCAGCGGCCACCUAGUGGGCUGAGCGGGUGGAGCGGCAUUAGCAAGAGCCGCAGCGAGACGGAUUUUGAGAGGAUUGAUGCUGAUGUUAGUUCGGAUGAGGACCACAAGAUGCGUCGGAGAAACAUGGGAGCUGGUACAAGGAAUACAUCAGGUUCGUGGGUUCCCUGGAGCUGGGGUGGGGAUGCCGCACAAGGAGGUGCAAGCGCAUCUGGAAGAGAAAGAUAG